GGGCAGAAGCCAUAAGGCUGCCUGCCACCAGAAUCGAAGAAAGGAAGGAAAGAGAAGCAGACCUGUCUAUGCAUUGGACUGUGAUUUUACUUACCCGCCAGUCUUCAUUGUUUUAAUUAUAAUCGAAAUGGAUUCCUACGUAAUGCAGAUUCGACGACUGUGGCUUAACCAGGAUGGGGAAGCGUUGGCGGAUCUUCUGUCAUUGAGACAUGGCCAUGUCAUGAUUCCUCAAAUUGGAUCUGAAAUUGCAAUAAACAAAGCUAUAGAGCAUUUAUCCGCACCUUUGGAUGACUUGGUACUUUACCACUUAAAAGCUGUAUUCGCAAUGAAUAAGAAUGAUCCGUUCGCAUUGUACAACCAACAAAGCUCAGCUGUGCAAUGCCUUGCAAAGAUUCUGCAAAUGCAAAAAGAAGAAAAUUGGAUGUUGCCAGUAAUGAAUGUAAUGUGCCUGGAACUGAGAUUAUCUGCGAUAGGUGCAGAAAAUUCCAAGAACAAUAAGAACCUGAAGCAUGGUGAAGUACUUGAGAAAUGUGCUGAAUGCUUAAUGGCUUGCUUUCGGGUUUGCGCGGCUGAUAGUAGAAGUUCAGAAGAAGAUACGAAACGAUGGGGGAUGUUAUCUUUAAUCAAUCAGUUGUUAAAAGUAUAUUUUAGAAUUAACAAAUUGCAUCUAUGUAAACCUUUGAUAAGAGCCAUAGAAUCUUCUUCCUUCAAGGACCACUUUGCAUUGGCGCAUCAGAUUACAUAUAAAUUUUUCGUCGGCCGCAAAGCAAUGUUCGACAGUGAUUACAAAGUUGCCAAUAAGUAUUUGACUUACGCGUUUGAGCAUUGUCACGUAAUGAGCUCGAAAAAUAAAAGACUGAUUCUGACUUAUCUUGUGCCAGUCAAGAUGUUACUGGGAUACAUGCCGAAGCAGAAUGUCCUACAGAAGUACAAUUUGAUGGAAUUUUGGGAAUUGAUGGAGUCCGUAAAAAAAGGAGAUUUACGUUCCCUAGAAAAAGUGAUGGCGAAACACGAGGCAUUCUUCAUCGGCGCCGGCAUAUAUUUGAUUGUUGAGAAACUCAAAUUGAUUGCCUACAGAAAUUUAUUCAAGAAAGUAUACCUAGUACUGAAUACGCAUCAGAUACCAGUGCAGAGUUUGCUCGUGGCAUUACAGAUGUACGGAAUGGAAGAUAUAGAUAUGGAUGAGACCGAAUGCCUUCUCGCAAAUCUGAUUUACGAGGGUAAAAUUAAAGGCUACAUAUCGUUUCAGCACAAGAAGUUAGUUAUAUCCAAGCAAAACCCUUUUCCACUGCUAUCUACAAUACCGUAAUUGUAAUAUCGCGACCGAUGUAUUAUUAUACUUUUAAUAAAUUUAUUGCUAUUUUUA